ACUGCGCGUUAACGAGUAUCAAGUAUCUAGUACCAGAACUGCCUCUUGCACAUACCAUAUUAAAGAUCAAAGAGGAGGCAUAACUUCUCCGUAUCGAUGGUAUUGGGUACAUGACUUAUAAUAGAUGGAUGAUUCAACAUUGAUUUAACGAGGUUACGAAUAUACACGGCACAAGCAACAUAAAACGAGAAACGAAACGAGGGCUGGAUAGUGAGCUCAGAUCAACGGGGUCUUUAUUUUCUUGGGAAGGAGUUUCAAAAGACUUGAUUUUAUUCAUUUCAUCCCUUGGCCCUUGACAAGCAAGCAAGCAAGCAAGCACGCAAGCACGCAAGCCAUCUCUUCCUUCUUACUCCGUACAAUUCUUGAAUCGAUCUAUACUGGAUUAUUGGACUGGACCAUACACAUCAGUCAAUCAGUCAAUCAGUCAAUCAGUCAAUCAAUCAAUCAAUCAAUCAAUCAAUCACCCAUUCAUUCAUUCAUUCAUUCAGCCACAGCCAGCCAGCCAGCCAGACCAGGUCUUGUCUACCACGCACAACAAAAUCUCUAAUCCAAUUCAUUUCCAUCAUCUCAUCCACAAUUUCAUCCCAUCCCAUCCAUCCAUCCCUCUUUUCCCCAUUACUGCAAAAACCUUGGAAAUUUGACCCUCUCAUACUCUUUCACAUAUUCAUACAUCCCUCUCGCUCGUGCUCCCGCACAUACCAGAUCAACGAACCAACCAUAUCUUCUCAUCUAGAUUUUUGAUCUUCUUUCUCCCUUACUUUCAUAAUAAUUAAAAAGGAUUUCAAUUUCAAAUACCACCCGAAUUUCGCAAUUACAUUCAUUCCCUCUAAAUUCGAAUUCCCCCGGUUCAUCAAAAGAAAAGAAAGAAGACUUCGACCAUUUCGAUCAAUUCCUCCAUCUUUCAUCUUGCCUGUCUGGCUUAACGUUUUAUUAUUCAUCCUGUUCGAAUUAUACGAAAUAUCCUUUCCCAUACAUCAAAAACCAAGCAACCAUAACCAGCGCGAUUUAUUAUAUCUGAAUGAACGUCAUGCAAGCGCAAACGGGAUCCACUUUCACAAACCAAUUUUCUAUUUAUUAACUUGCAACAAGGAAGGACCUCGUGGGUGUGUAAACGUUCUAUCGCUUCCUCACACGUAAACUCCGGCGAGAUUUUCCAAUUAUUGGUCAUGGUCAACGCCGCGUGCAGAUACUAGAUCGAAACCCCCCGAGCCCCGUGAAGGUUUGGACUGGUGUUUUACAAAAGGAUCUUUUACAUCUCACUGCCAACCUCAGUAAUAUUGAGAGGCGCGUAACAUCUGUUUUAUACAUAUCGAUGGAAAGAUGGGUAUGUGGCCGUUCCGUUGGAAGAGUACUCGCAGAGCGUUGCGCAGUGGGGCAAGCAAGUCUCGCUCCGAAGACUCAACCAUGCACAAUGCUGGCACACAACCUGACCCUGGAAGGCAUGACGGGUCCGAAUUAAACCCCUCCUUGGUCCCAGAGAGAAGAUUAAGCCGGAGGGACACUCAAAGAAGAAGGAAAUCCUCGAGGGAAUCGAAAAAAUUACAGAAACCCGAAAGGCAAAGGGCUUACAGUUUUUCUCCUGGUCGAAACGAUAGCAUUCGCGUGCCUAGCGACGCGCAUAGACCUCCUGUUCCUCCCUUGCCUGCGAAUGUUGGAAACGGAGAAGAAACAACAAUUGGCGUUACAGGUCAACAAGGCGAGAAUUUAAUGGACUGCGAGAGGGUGCCAACACUACACAAAAGAGGUGCCGCAGAACUUUCACGGCGGAAGUCGAGUAAGAAACGCAAGGAGGAUCAUAAUAGGGAGGAGGAACUCAAAGCAAUGGUUUCUUUUAUGCCCCAUAGACCGGCCGUAGAUGCCUCAUCUUCUGGUCGUCCCAUGAAGAGGGAUAGUAAGAAAAUGCGCAAUGGAUUGAAGGGGAAUUUGCAAAACCCCCAUUCUGAUAUUUCAUUACCAACGGCCGAAUCGAUGCUUUCUUCAGUAUCCUCGAAUUCCGAACGUCAAAGAUCUUGGAGAAUAUCCGCGUUGGAUGCAUUGGCACCUCGACCUACAAUUCGACAUUCUGAAAAUCCUCGAUAUGCGCCAGGUGUAACCGGUUUUGGCUCGGAUACAUCCGAAUCCCAGAAAAGGCGUGUUUCGGACCGUAUGCAUAUUCCAGAAGAAGUUUUGAAAGCGAACAAGAGAAUUGACGAACUCGCUGAUGAUCUGGAUGCGCGAGAGUUACGGGAACUCAUGGAAAGAGAUCAAAAGAGACAAGAAAAGAAGAAGGUGGCUGAGAGGUUGAAGGCAGAGAGAAGAUUAACAAGAAAGCAAGAGAAACAAAAGGCCGAUGAAGCUGCCGCCGCUCGAUAUGGCACGCCACCGCCGGAUAAUAUGGAGAGAGGGGUUCUUGGAAGGGAAGUAGUAGGCUUGGGUAUUGGAACUUCGGCGGUUACAACAUCUAGCAAAAGAAGAGGCUCAGAUACUUGGGAUUCUGGCAGAGGAAAGCGACCCGCGGAUGCCUUCCUCAGCGAUUCUAUCGCGCACGAAACACCAUUCGCCGACGAGAACUUGACCUCUUCAGAACGUGCGGAGCCAUUCUUGGGAACUGCGGAGGUUAGUACUAUUGGCAAAGCUAACAUUUCACCACCUGCUUCACCACGAGCCCAUAAUCGAGGACCAUCGAACAUGUCACAAGUGAUGAACUUGGAUAGAUCCAGGACUCCUUCCCCACCAAAAAAGCAGCGAAUAGAAACAGAAUCUGUCAAGCAGCCUGUAGAAGGCAAAACCUCUCAAUCAUGGACAUCAUUCUUCAGGCGAAAUAAAAGACUCAGUAGAGCUUCGACGCCAUCCUUCUCCAACACUUCACGGGAAACAGUACAAACUGGGCCACCACCGCAUUUGGCAUACGCACCAAUGGUUAGGCAAACAUCAAAUAUUCCCAAACGAACAAUGUCAAAGUUCAGGGAGGACCUACCAGAACUUCCAAUCUCACCACCAGACUCUCGAGUUCAAUCUCCUGAGGCUGAUGUCGUACCACCGAUACGAACAGAUUAUCCGGACAAGAGAACUAGUUUGCGAAGAUCCCUUGAAGAGCAAAGGAGACACGAUACUCCAAUCAGUGCUAUGCGUUUACGAGAUAGCACUCCUACUAGCGGCCACAGAUCAACAGAUAUACCCUCACCUGAACCACCUACCCUUCUUUCACAAUCCCUUGCAUCAAUAGAUUCUGAAGGAUCAUGGCUUUCGGGAAAGAAAACUACUUCUAAACGAGGAUCUGCACAGAUGACAUUGGCACCAUUAAGGGAUUCUGCAAGCUCAUUACAACAGCGAUACAAGGAACUAUCGGAAUCUUCCGAAGAACUUGGAAUUGCUGAAGACGAAUACUUUAGUCGCAUUACGCCAGGUCCCGAGGAGGAGAAUAUGAUGAAGCGUCAAUCUAAUGGCCUUCCCAUGGCUUCUAGUGAUGAGGAAGAUGGAGGUAGCAUGAAGCAAAGCCCAAUUCCGGAAGAGAAGACAAAAUGGGGAGCAGUAGCAAGGCAUCCUACUGUGGUUCACCGUGAAAGAGCAAAAUCUCGCGAGGGACUUGUGGACGAAAGUGCUGAAGGUCCUCCGAACUACCGAAGAAGCAUUAGCUGUCAAGCUGAAUUCGUCAACGAGGAUAGCCCUGAUUUCAGCUAAGAUACGACUGCUUGACUUGGAGCCAGAGCUUCAGGGAUCACGAAGGACGAGUGUGAGUCAUAAUGGUUCAUAGGGUCGAAUGGUGAAAAGAUGAGGAUUUUCAAGGAUAAUUUGACAAGACGAGACGAGCACAAAUUCUUAAAACAUUUUUAUUACAAUGAGUUUUGUCAAAACUGACACCCACGCUCAUUGCAAAUUUUCCUUUGUCAUCAUUCACUCUUUCAACCACCAUUUCCUUAUAAAAUGGUUCGACUCGAUCCAAAACCCAAAAAUUCAAAAGCUUCAUCUCGGUCAUCGUCAUUAUCUAAGAUAUCCUUAUUCUAUAUACCAGCUAUCGACUCCUAUCAUCAUUACUCACACCACUUCAGAAAUCGAAAAAUUUAUGUGUUCACGACAAAUCUUUUCCUUUUUUUCCUUUUGCUUUUUUCUGGUUUCAUAAUGAAUUGAUAUCCCCAAUAGCACAUAGAUUUUUCUGCUAUU